CACCCCCCUCCUCCUGCCUCUCAUCAGCCCCUCUCUCUGACCCCCAGGGAGCCAUGUCCACGCUCUUCCCUUCUCUGUUCCCGCGCAUCACCGAGGCUCUGUGGUUCAACCUGGACCGGCCUUGCGUGGAUGAGAACGAGCUGCAGCAGCAGGAGCAGCAGCACCAGGCCUGGCUGCAGAGCAUAGCUGAGAAAGACAAUAAUUUGGUCCCAAUUGGGAAACCUGCUUCGGAGACUUAUGAUGAGGAGGAAGAAGAGGACGAUGAGGACGACGAGGACAGCGAGGAGGACUCUGAAGACGAUGAGGACAUGCAUGACAUGGACGAGAUGAACGAUUAUAACGAGUCUCCUGAUGACGGCGAGAUCAACGAGGUGGACAUGGAAGGAGCUGAGCAAGACCAAGAUCAGUGGAUGAUCUAGAUGUUGGAGAAGCAGCAGCCGCAGCGGCAAAUUGCAGUCUGUGUACACAGGAGAGGCUCCUGAGCCCGGAUGCUUGCUGAGCAGACAAACAUGGGUGUUCCCCGCCUGCUGCGACUCCAUGCCAGAAGGGGGGACUGAAUACCUGCCACUGUCCAUACCAGCUGCCCCAGUGAGCUGGCCACCUGCGUUGCUCUGCUGAUCCGUUUUGAGGGAGCCGAGCAAUCAGCCAGAGGGGAAGACUUGGGUAUUAUGUCUGUCUCUGGCAGCAGUCCCAGUCCUGCUCCCUUAUUCCUCUUUCUGUCUGUCCAUGGGCUUCCUACUCUCAGUCAGAGCUAUUUGUAAAUAAAACUGUUUUUACUUGA